AAAAUGAAAGCACUAUUCUUUAUUUUCACUAUUAUUAUCAUCACCGUAGAAGCUGCAGAUAUUCUUCCUGGUGCAACCCUUUUAGCUUCAGACCCAAACUCGAAAUGGUCCUCUCCAAACAACGCCUUCACUCUUUCCUUCUUACAACUGGACCGCACAAACCAAAACACCUAUUUUGCUUCCAUUUCUUACAACAGCAUACCCAUUUGGACAGCCGGCGGCUCUACCGUCAACGGCGGUGCAGUUGAUUCCUCCGCCGCACUCCGGUUCUUGUCCAACGGUGACCUUGUGCUCACAAAUGGACCUUCAGGUACUGUUGUGUGGAGCUCAAGAACUGCAAAUCUUGGUGUUUCCUCGGCUUCUUUGGACGAAAAUGGUAAUCUUGUGCUUAAAAAUGGUACCUUUUUAAACAUUUGGUCUACUUUUGAUAACCCAACUGAUACUAUUGUACCUUCUCAGAAUUUCACUAAAGAUCAUGUUUUGACAUCUGGGUUGUAUUCUUUUAGGCUUAGGAAUAAUGGGAACUUGUCGCUUUUCUGGAAUGACUCUAUAGUAUAUUAUAAUUCUGGGUUGAAUUCUUCUGCUAAUGUGAACUUGACUUCUCCUAGUUUGAGAAUGCAGCCUAUUGGGAUUCUUUCACUUUUUGAUCCUAGCCUUUCAAGUCCUUUAAAUGUUGUUUAUAGUAGUGAUUAUGCUGAUGAAGGGAAUAUUUUGAGGUUCUUGAAGUUGGAUAGUGAUGGGAAUCUUAGGAUUUAUAGUUCAACUCAAGGGAGUGGGACUCAAAAUGUGAGAUGGGCUGCUUUGACUGAUCAGUGUCAGGUCUUUGGAUAUUGUGGGAAUUUUGGGGUUUGUAGUUAUAAUGAGACUGGUCCUUCUUGUGGAUGUCCUUCAAUGAAUUUCGACUUUAAUGAUCCGAAUGAUAGUCGUAAUGGGUGUAAGAGGAAAGUUGAUCUUAGUAAUUGUCCUUCCAAUUCGACUAUGUUGCAGUUGGAUAAUGCUAAGUUCUUGACUUAUCCUCCGGAAUUGUCUGAGCAGAUUUUUUCUGCUGGUAUUUCUGCGUGUAGGUUUAACUGUCUUGUUAAUGGUGCUUGUGUAGCUUCUACUUCUUUAGCAGAUGGUACAGGGAUGUGUUAUUUUAAACAGCCCAACUUCGUUAGUGGUUAUCAGGCGCCAACCCUCCCGAGCACUUCAUUUGUUAAGAUAUGUGGGCCUGCAUUGCCUAAUCCUUCUGCGGUUUCAGAGACUGUUCAAAAGAAAAAUGGAGGGAGGGUUCCUGGCUGGGUUGUUGCGCUUGUGGUUGUGGCUAGUCUCUUGGGUUUGAUGUUGUUGGAGGGUGGUUUGUGGUGGUGGUGCUUUAGGAACAGUUCUAAAUUUGCAUCACUGUCGUCUCAAUAUGCCCUUCUUGAAUAUGCCUCUGGUGCUCCUGUGCAGUUCACAUACAAGGAGCUUCAGCGGACAACAAAGGGGUUUAAGGAGAAGCUUGGUGCAGGAGGAUUUGGGACUGUUUAUCGGGCAGUUCUGGCUAAUAAGACUGUUGCUGCAGUGAAGCAACUGGAAGGAAUAGAGCAAGGCGAGAAGCAAUUCAGAAUGGAGGUUGCAACUAUAAGUAGCACACACCAUUUGAAUUUGGUGAGAUUAAUUGGGUUUUGUUCUGAAGGACGCCACAGGCUACUGGUGUACGAGUUCAUGAAAAAUGGUUCUCUUGAUAAGUUCCUCUUUGCGGAAGAUCAUUCGUCAGGAAAGCUUUUGAACUGGGAGCACCGGUAUAAUAUUGCUUUGGGGACAGCAAGAGGUAUCACAUACCUUCAUGAGGAAUGUCGAGAUUGUAUAGUUCACUGUGAUAUAAAGCCUGAGAACAUAUUGUUGGAGGAGAAUUACACUGCCAAAGUAUCAGAUUUUGGCCUUGCGAAGCUCGUUAACCCAAAGGACCACAGGCAUAGAACCUUGACAAGUCAUGUGAGGGGUACUAGAGGAUACUUAGCUCCUGAGUGGCUGGCUAAUCUUCCUAUAACAUCCAAAUCCGAUGUGUACAGUUAUGGUAUGGUGUUACUGGAAAUAGUGAGUGGAAAAAGAAAUUUCGAAGUCUCAGAAGAGACUAGCCGGAAAAAGUACUCUUCGUGGGCAUUUGAAGAAUUUGAAAGGGGUAAUACAGAGGCCAUUUUGGACAAAAAGCUCUCCAAACAAGAGAUGGACAUGGAACAAGUUAUGAGAGCAAUUCAGGUGAGCUUUUGGUGCAUCCAAGAGCAACCAUCUCAAAGACCAACAAUGGGCAAGGUGGUUCAGAUGUUAGAAGGCGUUACUGAGAUUGAUCGGCCACCUGCACCUAGGGCUACUGAAGGGUCCUUUACUGGAACUAGCUUAAACGCCAGUAGCACAAGCGCUUUUUCAACCUUUGCAGCCUCAGCCCCAGCUCCCUCUUCAUCAUCAUCAUUCCAAACUGCAGGUUUCCAGUCUUCGGCUUCUGCAAAGAAUGUUGAUAAGCCAUCAUCAUCACUUUUACACUCCGAAACUAAGUGAGUCAAAAACCAUACACUUCCCAUUCCCUACAAGAACUGAUGGGAAUAUUAGUAUCUCAAAGGUCAUAGUGUGAUUGGUAUCUUGCAAUUCAUAUUGUAUAAUAGAUAGGUUUUGCAUAUAUAUAUAAAUAUUUGCAUCUAUAUAGAGAGGUUGCGACUCGUUUAUACUGGAAAAUAGCAUUCACUUA